AUGUCGUGGCUUUUGGGUACACGUUAUCAACAACAGUCUCAGGACUUUUCUCAGUAUGCACAACCACCGGCAGCGAGUUCUGGAGGUGGUGCCGGGGAUCCUGGAGACAAUGGUGCCUCGAAAAACGUGGGGAAACCACAAAUGGAUGCCUACAGAUUUGAUUCCAGUGCUUUGGAACGAGCGGCUGCUGCUGCCAAAGAGCUCGAAAAAUCCCCCCAUGCCAGAGAGGCUCUUGAGCUGACAAAGCUCCAGGAGUCCACGAAACAAGCAGAAAUUAUGUCCCGAGCCAAAGAGUAUGAAGCGAACAUCGAGCAGUUGAAAAUUGAACAGAAGAGAGUGGAAGGAGAUGAACGCAGAAAAACAAUAGGCGAAGAAACCAAACAACAUCAAAUGCGAGCUCAAUACCAGGAUUCCCUGGCAAGAAAGAGAUACGACGAUCAGCUUGGGCAACAGCAGAGAAUGAAUGACGAGAAUUUACGUAGACAAGAGGAAUCAGUAGCUAAGCAAGAGGCCAUGAGAAAGGCCACCAUCGAGCACGAGAUGGAACUGAGGCACAAGAACGAAAUGAGAAAACUCGAAGCUGAAUUGAAAGCAAAAGCCAAAGUGGACCGUGAGAAUCAGGACCUGAAUCUCGAACAGAUCAGACUGAGAGCCUCUGAGAACAGAGUUACUGUAUUGGAGUCCAUCAAGACUGCUGGAUCCGUUUUGGGAGCAGGGGUCACAUCACUUCUUCAGGAUUGGGACAAGAUAUUGGCAGCUGCUGGUGGUCUGUCCCUUGUGGCCCUCGGGGUUUACACAGCCAAAGGAUCAACUGGUGUUGCGAGUCGUUACAUUGAGGCUCGACUGGGCAAACCUUCUCUAGUACGAGAGACCUCCAGGUUCUCUGCUCUGGAUAUCGUUCGUCAUCCUAUCAAGAGCGUUCAGAAACUCACAGAAAAGCCUUCUGAUGCACUAUCAGGCGUAGUUCUAGCUCCAAAACUCGAGGAGAGGCUGAGAGAUGUUGCUAUAGCCACGAAAAAUACAAAACACAAUAGAGGAAUGUAUAGGAAUAUUCUCAUGCAUGGCCCACCUGGCACUGGUAAAACAAUGUUUGCCAAAAAAUUGGCCCAGCACUCAGGCAUGGAUUAUGCGAUAUUGACAGGUGGUGAUUUGGCACCUCUUGGGAGGGAUGGGGUAACUGCUAUUCACAAAGUUUUCGACUGGGCCUCAACCUCCAGAAAAGGUCUUCUUCUCUUUAUCGAUGAAGCCGAUGCCUUCCUGAGGAAACGGUCGAGUGAACAUAUCUCAGAGGAUCUCAGGGCUAUGCUCAAUGCAUUUCUCUACAGGACUGGCGAGCAGAGCAGCAAAUUCAUGCUUGUACUCGCGUCUAAUACACCCGAGCAAUUUGAUUGGGCUGUUAAUGAUCGACUCGAUGAAAUGGUGGAGUUUCAAUUGCCUGGCAUUGAGGAGAGGGAGCGGCUUAUAAGACUCUACUUCGAUAAGUUUGUUCUUCAACCCGCUACCGAGGGCAAAAGGAGGCUGAAGGUUGCUCAGUUUGAUUAUGGAGCACUGUGCAUAAAAAUGGCGGAGAUAACGGAGGGUAUGUCUGGAAGGGAACUCUCCAAGCUUGGAGUCGCUUGGCAAGCUGCUGCUUAUGCUUCAGAGGAUGGAGUGCUGACGCAGCAGAUGGUUAUUGAUAAAUGCCUCGAGGCUGUCAAACAACACAAGCAGAAGGUCCAAUGGCAGAGUGAGCAAGAGAGACAGGAGUCAAAAUCUAUCUACGCUGAAUCAAGCAAUACGACAGAGUCAAAAGCAGAUAAACCAGAGCUGCUUUCUGUUGAGGCUGCCUGCAAAUCCGAAAGACUAGCCACCGCCUAACACUGGAGAGUUAUAGUUUUCACUAGCUUCGAUCCAAUGGAACAAAUACCACUAAUCUAAUACGAUAGCAAAUCAUAUUAUAUGUACUUUAUUGUAUAUAACAAUUUGAAAUUGAAAAAUUCCAUUCACUGAUUUUCGAUUAGAAAUGGUUAUUACACAGAUGCUUUUACUGUCAUUAAUUCCAUUCAAUUUUUUUAUAUUUAGUUUUAUGUAUUAGGUAAAACAAUGUUAUAUGAAUUAUUCAAUUGAUUAUCUUUCAAUGAAUAUACUUCAUCUCGAUACCAAUCUGUUGACAAUUACUGCAUUAUUUUAGUAUGAUUGUAAGUGACAAACUUCCCUGUUCCCUGUUGUUGAAAUAAUUGUCUGAUGGAUGGAAUAGUACAACUCAGAGAGAAUAUUCAUUCUCAAAUUGAUUGGUAAUUAGAAGUAAAAUUGAUGAUCAGCGCAUGAUAUUCUAUAGUUUGAAUUCUUUUCUAUGUUCAAAAGAUGUAAUUAAUGAAGAAUAUUUGCGUUUGGA